GGACCCAAAUUGGCCUCCGCUCAACCCCCAGCCUGUCCCCUCGGCCCCGCCCGGUCCGCCGGCCACGUCUUCCUCUCUCUACCUUUGUGAAAUCAGAGCCUUCUAAGAAACCUGUCCUCCCGGCAGACCCAAACUCCCCUCUCAUAGAUCUUCUCUCUGACAGGCCCGGCUGAAACGGAGGAGGCAGAGCCGCCGGCCAGAUCAGUUCCCGGGCCACAGUCUGAUAAGGGUUUCUCCCCUGUCGCAGGGAGAUUGCGCAAUAAGCGCGAGGUGAUGCCAGAUACAACCUCCCAGGCUUUCCCACUUAGACAGGGAACCGGUGGCCAGACCCAAUACUGGCCGUUUUCAACAGCUGACAUUUACAAUUGGAAACAACACAACCCUUCUUUCUCCAAAGAUCCGGUGACAUUCACCGACCUAAUAGAAUCUGUUUUACUUACCCACCAGCCUACUUGGGAUGACUGCCAACAGCUCUUACAGGCCCUCUUAACCUCAGGAAAAAAAAAAAAAACAAAGAGUGUUCCUAGAGGCCAAAAAACAUGUUCUGGGAGAUGAUGGGCGUCCCACCCAGCUGCCUGAGGACCAAACUGGGAUUUUAAUACAGCUGAAGGUAAGGGACACCUACGCCUUUAUCGCCAGUUGCUUCUAGCGGGUCUCCGAGGGGCUAUACGACGCCCUACUAAUUUGGCUCAGGUAAAACAGGUAUUACAGGAAACAGGGGAAACUCCCUCCGCCUUUCUAGAGAGACUUAAGGAGGCCUACCGUAUGUAUACUCCCUAUGACCCAGAUGACCCAGGACAAAUGACGAGUGUCUCUAUGUCCUUCAUCUGGCAGGCUGCUCCAGAUAUCAGGACUAAGUUACAGAGGUUAAAAAAUUUACAGGGCUAUACAUUACAGGAUUUACUUAAAGAAGCUAAAAAGAUUUUUAAUAAGAGAGAGAUAAAAAAAAAAAAAACAAAGAAUUGAGUCGAAUCUUGGCCACCGUAGUACAGGGCCAAGAAAAGAAGGGAGAUAGGGGGGAGCUCGAAAGGGGCUGAAGCUGGAUAAAGAUCAAUGUGCCUAUUACAAAGAAAAAGGGCACUGGGCCAGAGAGUGCCCCAAGAAGCCUGGCGGACCCCGAAAGCCUCGACCACGAACCUCCCUCUUGGCUCUAGAUAAAGAUUAGGGAGGUCAGGGCCAGGAUCCCCCCCCCCUGAGCCCAGGGUAACGCUUAAAGUUGGGGGGCAGCCGGUUACUUUCCUGGUAGACACAGGAGCCCAGCAUUCAGUCCUCACCCAAGCUUCAGGAUACAGUUAAAGGCCAUUACAACUCCAGUCUCCAUAAAACAAUACCCCCUGUCACAUGAAGCUUAUCAAGGUAUAAGGCCUCACAUUACGAGGCUUCUAGAUCAAGGCAUCCUAAUCCCCUGCCGGUCGCCUUAGAAUACGCCUCUUCUGCCUGUAAGAAACCUGACACUGGAGAUUAUAGGCCAGUACAAGACUUGAAAAAGGUCAACAAGAGGAUAAAAGAUAUUCAUCCGACUGUUCCAAACCCUUACAAUUUGCUCAGUAACUGUUCAUCGAUGAGAAACAGGGGUAUGCUAAAGGGGUCCUAACACAAAGGUUGGGACUCUGAAAACGCCCUGUGGCCUACCUGUCUAAGAAAUUGGACCCUGUGGCCUCCGGCUGGCCACCGUGCCUAAAGAUGGUGGCUGCUAUUGCUGUCCUGAUCAAGGAUGCUAGAAAAUUGACUUUGGGACAGCCAUUCACCAUCCUAGCACCCCACGCAGUGGAGGCCUUGGUAAAGCAGCCCCCAGACCGCUGGCUCUCUAAUUCCCACAUGACCCACUACCAAGCCUUGUUACUAGAUGCAGAACAGGUUCAGUUUGGACCCGUAGUCGCCCUCAAUCCUGCCACCUUGCUUCCCCUACCAGAGGAGGCAGAACAGCAUGACUGCCUACAAAUCCUCACAGAAGUACAUAGAACCAGGCCGGACCUAUCGGACCAGCCUCUUCAGAAUGCUGACCACACAUGGUACACGGAUGGCAACAGCUUCUUGACAGAGGGAGAGCGAAAGGCUGGAGCUGCGGUCACUACGGAGGACAAAGUGAUUUGGGCAAAAGCCCUGCCUGCUGGUACCUCCGCACAACGGGCUGAACUCAUCGCCUUGACUCAGGCGCUCAAGAUGACAAAAGGUAAGAGGCUAAAUAUAUAUACAGACAGCCGUUAUGCCUUUGCCAUGACACACAUCCACGGGGAGAUCUACCGGAGGUGGGGGCUGCUCACAUCUGAGGGUAAAGAUAUGGCUAAAAUUCUGGCCCUCUUAGAAGCCCUAUUCUUGCCCAAAAGACUGAGUAUUAUGUAUUGUCCAGGACACCAAAAAGGGCACAACCCAGAGGCACGAGGAAACCGGCUGGCCGAUGCCACGGCGCGAGAAGCGGCCAUGAACAAACAAAUCUUGCCCUUAAAUAGCCCAGACCAACCCACGCCCCCACCAGUGGGACAAACCAGUUGGGUUUACGCCCAUGAGGACAUAGAGCUCCUAAAAAAAAUGGGGGCCAUCUACCACCCUCAACUAAAACAGUGGGUCUACAAAGGACUUUUGAAUUGAUCUCCUUUUUACAUAAAUUAACCCAUUUGGGGUUUAAGAAGAUGAAAACCUUACUAGAUCGAGAAGAGAUAAAUCUGUGUUUUUUUUUUUUUAAUUGGGACAAAGCGAUACAAAAGGUGACUGAGAGUUACAAAGCGUGCGCUCAGGUUAACCUGGGAAAGACCAUGAUUGGACAAGGAGUUCGUCCUAGGGGACACCGUCCCGACAUCCAUUGGGAAAUUGAUUUUACUAAAAUUAAACCAGGUAUAUAUAGAUACAAAUAUCUCCUAGUGUUUAUAGACACCUUCUCAGGAUGGGUCAAAGCCUUCCCCACGAAACACGAGACUACAAAAAUGGUCACCAAGAAGCUCCUCGAGGAAAUCUUUCCCAGCCCUUCUCUGAGGGCCCAUUUACAGGCCCUACAGAUUGUGCAGAGAGACGUCUGGAGACCUUUGGCCGCUGCUUACCAGAACAAGCUUGAGCAUCCGGUGGUGCCACACCCGUUCCAGAUUGGAGACACUGUGUGGGUGCACAGACACCAGACCAAGAAUCUCGAGCCACGGUGAAAAGGACCCUACACCGUCCUCCUGACUACCCCGACCGCCCUAAAGGUAGACGGAGUCUCGGCUUAGAUCCACACACCACACGUCAAGACAGUCCGGUCUGAGGAAUUGACUAAUCACAACACUACACCCCAGACAUGGAGAGUUCAGCACACUCCAAACCCCUUAAAGUUAAAACUCCUACGUGGCUCCUCCUAGCCCUUUUGUAGCUUAGAGUCAGUGGGGGAAUAAGCCCCCACCAGACAGAAAUUUCUUGACCAAGUCGAGUGAAAGAUUUCACUCAAAGUUAACAAAAAAAUGGGGGAAUGAAAGACCCCAGCUUAGCAGCAGUAACGCCAUUUUACAAGGCUGUACUUAAGAUGACUGGUUCAGGGAAAGGUUAGAACACUGAGUACACAGCGGCUGCCAAACAAGAUGUGUUUGGUUGAAGGCCUGGCAACAGGAGGACUGCCGUUGAGCACCUGACAAUGAGAAAAGCCCCGGGAGAGGUCCCACACCCUGGUUGGGGGCCGAGUCAGUCGUUAUGUUCCAAGAAGGUAGCUAAGAAACUUGCCCCCGGGCUGAACCCUUGGGGGGCCGAGUCAGUCCUUAUGUUUCAGGAAGGUAGCUAGGAAACUUGCCCCCGGGCUAAACCCUUGCCAUAUUAAAAUCCACCAAUUAUAUCCCUGUAACCAUGCAUCUGCUUCUGUAUGCUUGCUUCUGCUCCCCAAAAUCCUAUAAAAGCCCAUCCUUGGUUCCGUGGGACGCGCCAGUCCCCCGAGUGACUGAAGCGCCCACAGGUGCCUGUGCCUGUGUAUCCCGACAAUAAACCAAAUCCUCUUGCUGAUUGCAUCCUGUGGUGUCUCGGUCUGGUUUU